AUGGCUUUGCGUCGUACUGUGCAGUGGCUCGUGGCUGCUGCCAGUGUUACACAGAUCUGUGCUAGCCCACACGGCCUUGUCCGCCGCCAGAACUCCUCGCCGAUCGAAAGCUGUCCCGGUUACAAGGCUACUAAUGUUCAACAGAACAGUCAAGGAUUGACUGACAUUGAGAACCUCAAGCUCGAGAUCACCCACGAGACUGGAAACAGACUGCAUAUCCAGAUCUAUGACACCGACGAGAAUGUCUAUCAAGUCCCUGACUCUGUUCUCCCACGUCCAAGUGCAGACGGAAAUGUCACAUCGAGCCAGCUUGUUUUCGAGGUUGUCAACGACCCAUUCUCGUUCGCAGUGUCCCGCCGUGUUGGUGGACCAGCUUUGUUCAACACGACCGGAGCAGAGCUCGUCUUCCAGUCUCAGUACCUGAGACUUCGCACUCAACUUCCCGAGACCCCUCACCUCUACGGACUCGGCGAGCACUCCGAUCCAUUCCAGCUAAACACCACAAACUACACCCGUACUCUCUGGUCUCGUGAUGCCUACUCCAUCCCUGAGGGUAGCAAUCUGUAUGGAAACCACCCAGUCUAUUUUGAUCACCGUGGCGCGGACGGCACGCAUGGUGUUUUCCUCUUGAACAGCAAUGGCAUGGAUAUCAAGAUCAACAAUACCGCAGAAGCCGGCCAGUACCUCGAGUACAAUACGAUUGGAGGCAUCGUUGACCUCUACUUUGUGGCUGGACCAUCGCCUACCGAGGUCGCCAAGCAGUACGCAGAAGUGGUUGGUUUGCCGGCCGAAAUGCCAUACUGGGGUNNACGCUUCGGAUUCCAUCAGUGCAGAUACGGAUACAGAGAUGUUUAUGAAGUCGCUGCCGUGGUUGCCAAUUACAGUGCUGCUGAUAUUCCUCUCGAAGUCAUGUGUACGUACUGUACCUGCUUGCUUAUCAGUAUGGAUAUUGACCUUUGUUANGGGACCGACAUCGACUACAUGGACAGCAGACACGUAUUCACUACCGACCCAGACCGUUUCCCUCUGAACAAAAUGCGAGAGUUGGUUUCCACUCUGCACGCCAGACAGCAAUCUUAUAUCGUCAUGGUUGACCCGGCAGUGGCGAGCUACAACUAUUCUGCCUUCAACAACGGUGUCGAGGCGAACGCUUUCCUCAAGAGAUCGAAUGGUUCAAUCUACCAAGGCGUCGUCUGGCCUGGUGUCACUGCUUUCCCGGACUGGUUUGGCGCCAAUACGCAGGAAUAUUGGAACAACGAAUUCACAACCUUCUUCAAUGCUGACAUUGGUGUCGAUAUCGAUGCUCUAUGGAUCGACAUGAAUGAAGCCAGCAACUUCUGCCCUUGGCCAUGCAGCGAUCCAUUCGGAUAUGCUGCUGCUAAUGGAUACCCACCGACUCCGCCAGAGGUCAGAGCAAACGCAGGAUACAUGAUUCCCGGCUUCCCUGCCGAUUUCCAGCCUGACUCAGCAGCACGCAAAGUCAAGCGCCAGUCGAACAGUACCGGCACUCAUCUUGGUCUGCCCGGCAGAAACCUGAUCGAUCCUCCAUACACUAUCAACAACGAUGCUGGAAGCUUGUCCAACAAGACCAUUGAUACCGAUCUAUAUCACGAGAACGGAUUGGCCAUGUACGACACUCACAAUCUAUACGGUACCAUGAUGUCGACUGCUAGUCGUGAUGCGAUGCUGGCACGCAGGCCAACAAGACGACCAAUGAUCAUCACACGCAGCACCUUUGCUGGAGCUGGAGCAGCCGUCGGCCAUUGGUUAGGGGACAACAGUUCUGGCUGGCGUUGGUACAGGGUUUCGAUUGCUCAGAUGCUGGAGUUUGCUGCCGUCUUCCAGAUACCUAUGGUAGGCAGCGACGUAUGCGGCUUCGGAGGCAACAGUUACCCAGAGCUGUGUGCUCGAUGGGCCACGCUUGGUGCCUUCUAUCCCUUCUACCGUAACCAUGCAGAGCUUGGAACGGUCAAUCANGAGUUCUACCGCUGGAACCUGACGACAUCAGCCGCCCAAAAGGCAAUCAGCACACGAUACAGACUGCUCGAUUAUCUCUACACAGCCUUCCACGAGCAGACGAUUAGCGGCAAGCCAUUGGUUCAGCCUCUAUUCUUCGUCUACCCAGAAGACUCCAACACCUUCCCAAUCGAGCAUCAGUUCUUCUGGGGUGACAGCAUCCUAGUCAGCCCUGUUGUAGACGACAACAGCACAAGCGUCACAUUCUACCUUCCUGACGAUAUCUUCUACGACUACUUCACCUACGAGCCCGUACGCGGAACUGGCGAAUGGGUGACUCGCGACAACGUCGACUUUACCGAGAUCACUGCUCACAUCCGUGGCGGCAGCAUUCUGCCUCUACGCCAGAACUCUGCCAACACAACCACCGAGCUGCGCAAGCAAGACUUUGUCCUUGUUAUUGCACCUGAUUCUAAUGGCAAGGCAGAAGGUACGCUGUACUUGGAUGAGGGCGAUGCUAUUGAACAACCUCAGACCAGUCUCAUCACCUUCAGCUACGCAAACGGCACCUUCACCAUGGGCGGCAGCUUUGGCUACCCAACUGACGCGAACAUUGUCAGCCUUACUGUGCUGGGACAAGGCAGCAAUGUGACCUCAGUGGCCAGCAAGAGGGAUUCGAGCAUUGUGUUUGAUACGGAUAGAAAGUUGAUCACUAAGAAGCUCGGUGUGCCGCUGACUGAAUCGUUCAAAACCACUCUGGUCUGA